AUGUCGGAUCUAGAAACUUUGCCGAACGAUAUUAUCCUUGAAAUAUUCUCUGAGCUAAGCCCGCGAGAAACAAGGGAUCUUAUUCUGGGUUUAAGUGUUUUAUCCUCAAAAUCUGAGAAUAGAUCAUUAAUAAAUCUUUUGUAUAAGAGAUUAUUCGGAGGAAAAAUUAUUGUUGAAGUAUACAAUAGUCAGUCUCUGACUAAAGACACAAUCCUCACUAUAGACUCAUUCAAAGAUAAGUUUUACAGUGGUGAUUUCGAGAGUAAAAUAUUCUUACGAACAAGACCUAACAUCGUUGAAUUUAGAUUUAUAAGAAGAUCAAGCGAUUACUCAAAUUUCCUUGGGAAACUAUACGAAUUUAAUUCUUUAUUAGAGUGUGACAAUAGUAGCUUUUUGGCGUACCUCACUAUGGCACUUCAAUUAAAUUUUUACCUUGAUGGAAAUUUGUUCUUAGUUGAAAAUCCGGUCUCUUUCAGCGUAAUUAUCCUCAAAAUUCUUAUAAAUAUCUCGAAGGUCAAAUGCUUGAGUCAGAGCCUCAAGAACUUGACGAUCAAGUCUACUGACAUUGGUGAAUCAUUUGUUGUAAAAUGGUCACAGUUACUUGAGAGAUUUUCUAAUUUAGAAUGUUUAAAUUUAGCAAACAAUUUAAUCAAGUCGAGUGUUAACUAUCAGGAUGAUUUACUAUGCGUAUGUUUCAAGUACCCAGCACGCUUGAAAGUUCUAAAUUUGGAUAGGAAUUUGAUAAAUCAUUUGACUUCUGAUUUUCUAGAGAUCCUACCCCAUACUUUAGAAGUCUUGCUGAUUGCUGACAAUAGAUUAGUCUCAUUGAAUUUUGAGUUCAGAGGGGAUAUAAGGAUAAUUGAAUGCCUCCCUAACAUCAAGCGUUUUAUUUUGAAUCAGAACCACUUUUUAUCCUACAUACAUCCCUCGAUAUUCAUUGGUGCUAAGGGCAUCAGAUUAGAAAUUAAAGGUUGUAACCUUGAAGAAACUAAUCUCAAAGAAUUGAAAAGGUUAGCUGAAGUUCAUUCAUUCGAUAUUAUAACAUAA